UACUUCAUUUACAUUUCCAUGAACUCAUCAAUGGCUUUGCAAACUCCUGUAUCAGCAUUGAACUCCCCGAAAUGCUUUCCACCAUCAUCCGCAAAUCCUCCCUCUAAAAUAUUUGUUCAUGAUUUUUUUGCUUCUCCUAGCAAUAUUAUUAAGCAUUCUGCAAACUCACUACAAGCAUCAAGGAGGCUGCAGCCAUGUUUAGCAUCUGAAAACAACCAAGAAGCUUAUCGUCCAUUGGCAAACUUUGCCCCUUCCAUUUGGAAAGACCCCAACAUCUUCACUUCUGAAAUACCUCAAUUGGAAAUUGAAUCAAAUGAUAAACUCGCUGAAGAGCUUAAGCAACAGGUGAAAGAAAUGUUAAUUGCUUCUACGAGUGAUCCGGCGGAGAAAGUUUGUUUCAUUGACUCUAUUUGUCGUCUUGGUGUGUCAUAUCACUUUGAGACGGAAAUUGAAGAACAACUAAAUCAAAUUUUUGAAGCACAACCUAACCUUGCGGAAGAUAAUGAUUAUGAUCUCUACACUAUUGCUCUUCUAUUUCGAGUUUUUAGACAACAUGGUUUCAAGAUGUCUUGCGGUAAGUAG